GACUGAAGCUGUCGUGAAUCGUAAACAGUUUACGGCAUGCCGUAUUCCAGUCCGUCUGUGUAUCCUACACGUGAAAACAGAGAAACAGACAGUUAACGGAGUGAUUUAAGUGUUUCAUGAGAUAUUAUCCGGUCUGCUAUCUGACACCAACCCUCCGCAGAGAGUGAAGCCGACAGGAUGCUGUACCUGAUCGGCCUGGGUCUGGGAGACGCGGAGGAUAUCACGGUGAAGGGUCUGCAGGCGGUGAAGGGCUGCUCCAGAGUCUACCUGGAGGCUUACACCUCCAUCCUGACCGUCGGCAAGGAGGCCCUGGAAGACUUCUAUGGGAAGGAGCUGAUCUUGGCGGACAGGGACCUAGUGGAACAGGGGGCUGACGAGAUCCUGAAGGAUGCUGAUGUGACUGAUGUGGCGUUCCUGGUGGUGGGCGACCCGUUUGGGGCCACCACCCACAGUGACUUGGUCCUGAGAGCAGUGCAAGCUGGGAUACCGUACAAAGUCAUCCAUAAUGCCUCCGUCAUGAACGCAGUGGGCUGCUGUGGGCUGCAGCUGUAUAACUUCGGGGAGACGGUGUCAUUGGUGUUUUGGACUGACACGUGGAGACCGGAGAGCUUCUACGACAAAAUAUGUAAAAACAGAACAGCUGGACUACACACGCUCUGUCUGCUGGACAUUAAAGUCAAAGAGCAGACCGUGGAGAACAUGAUGAGAGGGAAGAAGAUCUAUGAGCCUCCUCGCUUCAUGACAGUCAGUCAGGCUGCAGAUCAGCUGAUUCAAAUCAUCCAGAGGAGGAGGGAGGAGAAGGGGGCAGAGCUUGGUGUAACAGAGGACACGGUGUGUGUGGGCGUGGCCAGGCUUGGUGCCACCGACCAGAAGAUCUGCACGGCGACAUUACGUCAACUGGUGUCAUGUGACCUUGGGGGUCCACUCCAUUCGCUGGUCAUCACUGGACGACUCCAUCCACUAGAAGUGGACCUGCUGCGAGUGAACGCAGAACCAAAUGCACUAGAUCACCUGCACAUGAUUGACAGCUCCACCUUCUGCUCCUAACACACACUCACACUCGUUUAUACAUACCUGUGAGGACCCCAAUGACACCUUGACCCUGAAACUGGCCUGGACACUUAAAAUGUCCUCAUAACUCAGAGAUGUCCUCACUGCAGAAGUUUCUAACUCUGGUCGCCUUUGAAACCACAAAACAAACUCACACACUCACACUCACACACACACACACACACACACACACACACACACACACACACACACACACACAGUUUUUAUCCUCACAGUUCUAAAUAUGUAUAAUCCAUGAUUCUGAUUGUUGCUGAUGAACUCUUACCUGUGAACCAGGUGAGAACAUUUGUUGUUGGAAGUUUUCAGUAUGAUGUCAUCAAUAAAACUGGAGAUCAAUAAUCA